GGCCGGGGAAAGUCGUUGGGCGCGCCCGGAUUAUGCGAGCCAAAGGAGCCUGAGGCGGGUGUCGCUGAGGGAAGACUCUGGCCGGUUCGGGCGCCAGGGGCGGGAGAAGGCGCUUGAGAGCGCUGAGGGAAGGUUCCCUCUCGCCUUUCAGCUCCUCGGCAGUGGGGCUCUUCGGGUCUUCGUCCUCCGUCGGGUUGGAUUCCGGGGCGCUUCCUCUCAGCGCCGUCCGCCAGGCACCAGAAAGCUAUUUAGUGCAGCGGCAACCAACAUGGUGUCUUCCAGAUGUUGUUAGACUACAGGUCCCAUCAUCCCUAUCGACAAAUGUGAGGGGCCAGAGCGAGAGAGAACAUGGCGCUGGCUUCCUGGUUCGGGUGGAAUGAACCCCCCCGUGGCAUUUCUCAGAGGAGCCCAACAGAAAUGGUGGUGGAAACUCUUAUGAUGGAACUCAGCUGGCAGAUCAAGGAAGCUGAGAAGCAGCAUCGGGAACGAGAGAACGAGUACCGCAAGAUAAAGACGGGUGUUGACUAUGGGUGGCUAGUUAGCUACCCCAAGCACAGCUACGAUAUCAGUCCAGGGGAGCGUCUGCAGCUGGAAGACAUGUGCUCCAAAAUACAUCCCUCCUACUGUGGGCCCGUCAUUAUUAGAUUUCGGCAGCUUGUUUCUGAAUACGAACCAGAGGUCUCUGAAGUGUCUCGGCUUUUUCGUUCCGUUCUCCAAGAAGCCAUGGAGAAGAGCAAAGAGGAAGAAGAGGCAAAGAAGCUUGCAAGGCAGUGGAACACAAAGCACAAAACCAGCCUCUCUCUCAUGACAUUCAAGUCCCGGGCCAGGAUUCUGCCCUUCAGUAGUGACAUCAAGACCAUUUCGGAAGAUGUUGAGAGGGGCACCGAUCCAGCCAGAAGGGCAUGGAGCAUGCCUGAAUUCAGGAGCACCAAGGACUACUGACUCUAUUUAUAACACUCAGAUUUUGGGAACAGACCAUCUUAUUUAUGUAUUUACUUAUUUAUUCAUUUUUGUGUGACUUUUCCCUAUGUCCUGUUGUCCCUUCUUUCUUUGUUCUGUGGAGAGUUCACAUUGAUUGCUUCUUAGGCUUCUUUUAACCCAUGUAUCUCUCUGUGUGUUCCUGUUUUCAUAUGGACUGGUCUCUUAAUAUAAACAGCCAGCUUGGUGCACUAUGGGAUGUGUGACAUAUGCCAAACCACUCAACCUAUUUUGCUUUAAACCGAAAAAGAAGCCCAGAAAUUUGUGAGAAUCAGCCCUGUGUUUCUGUUUUACCCUCUUUUAUAAAGAUCUCUCUUUCUUUUUCUCUCCUGAUGCCCACAGUACUGCAACUGAUGUACAUACUCUCUGGACCACAUGCCAUAUCAACCCCAGCCAAACACUGAGCAGAAUACCAAAGGGUCCACAAACACAAUUGCCAUGCAGCAGGUAGUCAGCACAAAAUAGGAUAGAAGGGGAUUUCUGACAAAAACUGGAGUGGAAAUGGCUGGUGUUCGCUUAUCAGUCCAGUGAAUAUGAUUAGUAUUUACUAUUGCUGUUGCUUUUGGAACACAAAUGUAAUUGAUUACUCCCUGCCCCCAAUUUGUAUUGUGCUUCUUUUACAUUGAAAUGAAUGGGCUGGAAUUAUGUAAUGAGAACAUAAUUUACAUCCUUAUGUAUGUAAGUCCUUCUGCCACAAUGGACAGUGAGACAAAGUAACAUAGCUUUUGGUGGAAUACGAAUUGCAGUGGAAUGGGAAGCUAAGCCUGACUGGCUAUGACCAAGACCAGCCAAUAUCAAGGUGAUCCCUAAGCAUGUUAUUACUCGUUUGGAGCGCUGUCCCCCUCAGAAAGCUGUCAUUGCACGAUCCUAACCAGGCAUAUGCCCCAUCUUAGAACUGGCUACUUCUGUGUAGACAUGAAAAAUGUUCUUGGGGUGGGGAGUGGGGAGGGAUUAAGAUACCCAUGCAGACACUUUAGUGCUGUUGAUCAUGAGGCUGUACUAUGGAGGGCGUGUGCAAGUGUCUCUGUUUCUUGUUGCCUGUAGCUCUUUAAAGCUAGAAAGAGCUACUGGCUGUUAUGCUAGAAGGAGAAGGGCUUUGAUGUGCUGUUUCCAUGGUGCAGCUCUAAAGCAGCUGCUGUCACAUUUCAAAUCAGAAUUGGAAAUGUAUUUGAGCUUGUGCAGGAGAACUUUUCAGCUGGGUGGUGUUUUUCUUCUCCAUGAGAAGGAAAUGAGCUUAUAUUUUCUGAAUGUUAGACACUGUUAUGCGUGAAAUAUGCCCAGUCUGUCUACCUCUGGAUGACAAAUUGCAACCCUGGCAAGAAAGGGCUGGAAUUAUUUUCGAGUAGCUUAAGAUAAAUCCAGAGGAUAACUUUUAAAGAUAGGUCCUUAGCUUAUAGCAACAUAUUUGCUUGGGCCUAACUAAUUAUCUGUACACAAGGCACAAUCCAGACAAAGUUGAAUUCUUUUCAGUUUAUUUAGUUUAAUGCAGAAAUACUUGGAAGCAGGUAAAAAAUUUCUAUUAGUAUGGCAUGAACCAGCCAGUCAUUCUAUCUUGUGUAAAUGGUACAAUAGGUUAAUUGACUAACGAAGCUGUUUAUUUGGUUGUGUUCCACUGGAAACUAAGACUAUUGACUCUUGAUAUCUGAGCUAGCUGGUUUCUGAGUUGUGAUUGCUUUCAGGCAACUCUUGUUAAGUGAAUGGGGUACUUAAAGGUUCAGAGGGCUUUGUGUUUCAUACCGUAUGCCACUGUCACCUGGACCCUUUUAUUUUUGCUAAGAUUUCUCCUGGAGUGAUUUUGCUAGCUUUUGGGAUCUAUCUAUCUAUCUAUCUAUCUAUCUAUCUAUCUAUCUAUCUAUCUAUCAUCUAUCUCUAUCUAUCUAUCAUCUACACACCCACAGACCCACGCAAGAUGGGACAAUGUGGAUGCACUGUACUAAAGAAUUCACUCUCUCUCAUACACACAAACUUUCCCCAAGACACCAGCAAACUGCAUUAUUUUAAUAUGAAGCAAACUCAGGGUUUCCAAAUGCCAGAUCCAGUUCCGGCUGGACUAUUUAAACUCAGUAGCAGAGAAAGAGACCCAAAAUAUUUUGACAAUUGUACAACUGCUAUGCCACUUUCUACACCUAGGAAUAUUUAUUUGUUUAUGGAAUUUGUAUACUGCUUUUCCUAUGUGAAAAAGAAACUAUGUUUUAAAAAAUACUAAUGUAAGGGCUAAUGGGAUUAGCUCUGUUCCUUCCCUGCUUGUGUUCUCCAUAGCCCACAAAAGUGCUUAGCACCCUAGGAUAGUUUGGGAGAUAGUGCCCCAAAUGAAUUAUCUUAGGCUAUGGUGAUCUAUAUUUGAUAGAGCAUUUUUAAAAACUUGUGUGUUCUCAUGUGGUAUCUGUCCUUUCUACUGUAUAUGUACAUGUUUUUCUUUGUCUUAGGGCCUCGUUCAUAAGGGAAAUUGACAAAAAAGUAUAAAAGCCAUUUUCUAACAUUGCCAUUUGACCAACUUUUGUAUCAACAAGUGAACAAUUCUUUGCUGUGUUAAAUUCUGAAAUACAUUCUUUAAUUUU